GGCCCCAUGAACACCACCAACAUGGUGUACGGGGUGUGCAACGCCGAAUCCGGCUAUCACAGCCAGCCCUACUGCAGCGAGCUGCAACACUACUACGGCCAGUGUCAGAGCCAUGAGGCGGUCCAGGGCCAGACCUACAUUCCGCCCGCCCUCACGCCCACAGACCACCACCGGCCGCAGCACACAAGUCUUCAGGACGCUCAUGUCCCCUCCUCCUACACCAACCUGGAUGACUACAGCAGCGUGUGCUACCCGGGACACGCCCCAACCGGCAUGGCGGGCACGCAGCACCAUGUCUCGCAAAGCUACGACUACACGAGCGCUGUGCAGGCGGCGGCUGUGGCGGGCGGGGUGGGUGGCCAGACGGGCGUCAUGUCCCCGGCGGGUGCAGGAGGCUACCCGGGCUACUUGGAUCCCGCAGCACAAUACCGACACAUGAGCAUGGGACUGUACGCCCACCACGAGGGCGUGAGGGAUGCCUGUGGGGUGGGCGGCAUGAUGACCGGAUCGCCCCACGCGCUCCCUCACCACCAGCCGCAGCAGUCUGUGCCCACGUACAAGUGGAUGCAGGUCAAGAGGAAUGUACCCAAGCCAGCGCCGAAGACUGACUAUGGGGGCUUUGGGGGCGGCACAGGACGCACCAACUUCACCACCAAACAGCUGACGGAGCUCGAGAAGGAGUUCCACUUCAACAAGUACCUGACUCGCGCCAGACGGAUCGAGAUUGCCUCAGCGCUGCAGCUCAACGAGACGCAGGUCAAAAUUUGGUUCCAGAAUCGACGAAUGAAGCAAAAAAAGAGAAUGAAGGAAGGACUCAUUGCUCCCGAACCCCCGACUGUCUCAACCCCGAACGAGAACAGCAAUGACUCUGACUCCACAGCCACGACGGGCGGCAGCACUGGCGGCGGCUCUGGUGGUGGCGCAUCUGGCGGCGGAAGUGGCGCAGCGAGUGGCGGCGUCACCACCAAGUCAGAGUCGCCGGUGUCAGGAGGUGGCGGUGAUUCUCAGCCUUUACAAGUCCCCACUUCCACCAGCAAAUCCAAGACGCAAGCGCUGCCAGCCACAACCCAAAGCCCCUCGUAAGGGUAAGGCCUGGGCCUCGGUGCCCGUCAGAGCUUUAACUUGGGUUGUGACCUGGACGGCCUCGAGCAGGGAAGACUUCCGGCCGUCUUCAGUUCUUCGCGAGUGCCGGGCUCCCCCAACGGUCUCAGGGUCCUCUUAUCAUCCCUUGCCGCUGUAGGGCCCCGGUGAGAAGCAGCAUCCACCAGCCAGCGACGCCCACAGCGAGGGUCAGCGCCCCCAGCAGUCCGCCACGCCACCCGGCCCUCCUUUCUCGUGAUAUUAUAAGAAGCAUCUCGAACGUGCCUCCACCAUUGCGGUUAUAGACAAGUGUGUGAUGAAAAAAAAUUGACUCUAUCCAUAUCUGCUUUCAUUAAGUGCACGAGACAUUCAGUAUAGGUAGUGAGAGGUGUGCAGAGGGACCCGGAGUGAGAGGACACUUUGUAGGGACCUCCUUGGAAAUUAAUAAUUCCAGAUGAGGAGGGCAGCAGGACCCCGCCUGGCGACGGCACGGUGGUGGCUGUUAUCAGCUUCUUGCUCAGGGAACUGUCACUUGGUGCAGUAGCCUUCAUAUUAACUCUACUCCCGCUGCUACUGGAGCGGUGCUGUCGGGCUGUCGGUCACUCUAAUGCUGUUCCAACCCGUGUGAGCUGUUGUCUUCUCUCCUCCUUAGCCAUACUGUGCAAUAUUUCACACACUGGAGCAUGAUUGGCUGUCACAACUCUUGGGGAGAGAGAAGUUUCAUCGAGCGGCGGCAGCAGUAGUAAUUCGAAUGUUAUGUACAGUUCUGUACACAUUCAUGGACAUGAAAUAUAAAUACUUAUAUAUAUUUAAAUUUAUAUUUUUCUGAUACUCGUAUACUAUAAAACACAUUGUAAAAAUAUCAUUGUCACAUUAUGCCUUCGCAUGUGAACCUCUUAUACGCAGGUUUCCCAUUUCAUAUCGCCUCAUUAGUGUGGACUUCCUGUGGCACUGACGGAUGCAUGCCCAUUACUUCACGGUAGGUUCACCUUAGUCUCGGCGGGGCUGGGGGAAGGUGCACGCAUUCCUGCAGACCACACACCCGGCCCCGCCCCGCACCGCCUCGCCCGCCGCCGGCCCAGGGACGGGGUGGCGGCGGGGCCUGACUCAACUCAACCGCACCUGGAAGUUCCCACAUGAACCAGAGAAGUUUCUUGAGACAAACUUCUCUGAUGAGAUUGUUGUUAAUUUUCCUACUUAGAAGUACACUACAAUAAAAACGGUACUGGGGCUUUUGGAGCAAACUGGACCAUAGGUGCAAAAUUUGUUCUAACAGACGCGCGCUUCACCUUACUAACAACUGGAAUAAAUCUGUACAAAAAAGUAGCAUUUUUCUUAAACAAUGGGACUGUGGAUAACAAAAGUGAAGGACCGAAACAUCGCAGUGUUCCUGGGCGUCAGGGAGCCGAGACACUUUAUUUUUGUAAUCAUGAGGACUCUUUUCAUUCCUUCCUUUCUCCUCCUGCGAAUGUGCCUCCUUCAUUACAAACAUUCCACACGCUAACUCUCCUCCUCCUCGCGGCGCCCCAUCAGUCGUCGACGACCUAGCAACUUGGUGCAGAAGUCUUAAGCUGCUCAUCCUCGGUUAUGAUAUUCUCAAAUUAUUGUUUUUUUUCAGAAUUGGGAAGAAGACAUUUCAUUUUCAUAAUUUAUAUACUGAACGUUUUAUUUUUGCUAUGUGAUGAAUGAAUGUCGGUGCGUAUAUGUGCGCGCGCGUUUGUGUGUGUGUAUGUGUGUGUGUGUGUGUGUGUGUGUGUGUGUGUGUGUGUGUGUGUGUGUGUGUGUGUGUGUGAGAACUUGUGUAUAUUUUGUAUAAAGCGUCUAUUGGUAAGAUUCUAAUAUAUGAAAUUUAUAAAGAAAAAUUAAUAAACAUGACAAAACCCAUUGUGCUUUAAACCGACGCUGCCAGACGCCCACCAUUCCUCUCCCACCACUCCCACCACUCCCAUUCCUCCCUUCACACCCUCCCCUAUGGAAGCAGAGGCGAAGGUUGACUCUCUCUCUCUCUCUCUCUCUCUCUCUCUCUCUCUCUCUCUCUCUCUCUCUGAGAAUUCCAUAGAGAUCGCCUUCUGCCCUUCUUUGCUUCUCUUCUUCCUUUUCCUUCUCCUCCUACACCUCCAUCUCGUCCUCCUCCUUUUCCUUCUCCUUCUCCUUCUCUUCUUCUUCAUCUUCCUCCUCCUCCUUCUCCUCCUCAUCCUCCUCCUCCUCCUCUUGGUCCUGCAGGGUGCCACUCCCCGCUGUACAUACAAGCUGGAGGCCGUGACCUGACCCUCCCUCCAGCGGGUCGUCAUGUAUACAGCAGCGCCGCAGCAGCUGUGUACCUCUCGAUAUUUUUAUCACCACUGUCCUCCUCACUCAUAUCAGUGUAAAUUAUAACUCUGGAAUGAUGAGCUUUUCAAUAAAGUAAAUAUUGAAUA